AUGGUUAGACCGACAGGUGUCAUGCUGGAGUUAGAGAGAUUCCGUAAAAGUCCAGGACCGGUUAUGGCCAGGGAUCGAAAGCCAAAAAAGAUGAAGGGACAAGGUCGAGAUGAAGAAGGGCCUGAAAUGCGUGAAGUUCCACCGCAAAACUUUGAUGGUGGCAGUGAGCCGUACCGGUAA